AUGAAAUGGCCUCUUCUUGGGAUGUUGCCAGGGCUUUUUUGCAACGUGCAUCGCAUACACCACUACGCCACCCAGCGGCUGAAACUAUGUCCCACACUUGAGUUCAAAGGCCCUUGGUUUUCCAGCACCAACUUUGUCAUCACCAGUGAUCCUGCCAAUGUCCACUACAUGUUGAGCACAAACUUCUCUAAUUUCCAGAAGGGGUCCAACUUCAAGAAGAUCUUUGGUGAUAUUCUGGGAGAUGGCAUUUUCGCUUCCGAAUCGGAUUCAUGGGCAACCCAAAGGAGAUUGAUUCAUUCAGUGCUAAAAAAUGGCCGGUUCCAGCAGCUCUUAGAGCAAACCACCCGGAAAAAGGUGGAAAAGGGGCUAAUUCCAAUCCUCGAGCAUGUCUCCAUGCUGGGAUUAGAGGUGGAUAUGCAGGAUUUGUUUAGCCGGUUCACCUUUGAUAAUACCUGCAUACUGGUUCUAGGACUCGAUCCUGGUAUCCUUUCAAUUGAACUUCGUGAAGAAUCUUAUUCAAAAGCGUUUAAUGAGAUAGAGGAGGCCCUACUUUACAGGCACGUCUUACCAGAAAGCUGUUGGAAGUUGCAGAAAUGGCUUCAAAUAGGAAAAGAGAAGAAGGUGAGCAGGGCGGUUAAGGUUCUUGAAGAUUUUGUAUUCCAUUGUAUCUCCUUGAAGCAAGAAACACUAAGGGGAAAAAGAACCCGAAUAAAGGAAGACGAGGAAGGGAGCUUCGAUUUUUUAACAGCUUGUAUGGAAAAGGAUGGCGAACUGACUGGUGGGCUUGAAAUUUCUGACAAGUUUCUAAGAGACACAGCAAUCAAUCUCUUGGUUGCAGGGCAAGACACGGUAAGUGCAGCUUUGAGUUGGUUUUUCUGGCUCAUUGCGACACACCCAUUAGUAGAAAACAAGAUUUGGGAAGAGAUCAAAGCGAAUUUGCGGGAGAAGGAUGACGAGAUCUGGUGGGCAUUCAGUGCACAAGAAGUAAGUAAGUUGGUUUAUCUCCAUGCAGCUUUGUGUGAGACACUACGGUUGUUCCCACCAGUACCUUUUGAGCACAAAGCUCCCGUUAAAGCUGACAUCCUUCCAAGCGGCCACAAAAUUGAUCCAGACACUAAAGUGCUAUUCUCUCUGUAUGCAAUGGGGAGGAUGGAAGACAUAUGGGGGCCAGAUUGCUUAGAAUUCAAACCUGAGAGGUGGAUUUCAGAGAGAGGAGGAAUCGUGCAUGUACCAUCUCACAAAUUCAUAGCAUUCAAUGCAGGACCGAGAAGCUGUUUGGGUAAGGAGAUGACUUUCACCCAAAUGAAGAUAGUUGCAAUUGCCGUUAUUUGUAACUAUCAUGUUCAACUGGUGGAAGGUCAUCCUGUGUCCCCAAGUAUCUCUGUCGUACUUCACAUGAGACAUGGCUUGAAGGUUAGGGUCAGUAAGAGACGCGUUUGA